AGGCUAGGGUUUCAGCUCAUCAUAGCCGAUUACUUUACUCAACUCAGCUCACAACAGAGACCAGCAACCUGAUCUCCCCUCUAGAAGAGAUCAGGCAACUAUAUAGCAAUGGCGCCCACAUUUUAUGUUGGUUCGGAGGCUGGGCUCAAGAAGCUUGAUGAAUACCUAUUGUCUCGCAGUUACAUCACAGGGUAUCAAGCUUCAAAGGAUGAUCUCACUGUUCAUGCAGCUUUCACAAAACCCCCAUCACCCCAGUAUGUGAAUGUAUCUCGUUGGUUCACUCAUAUUGAUGCCCUUUUGAGGAUUUCUGGUGUGUCUGCUGAAGGCAGUGGUGUUGUUGUUGAGGGAUCCGCUUCUUUCCCAGAAGAAGCCAUUGCAACUCCUCCUGUUGCUGAUACAAAGGCUUCAGCUGAUGAAGAUGAGGAUAGUGACGUGGAUCUUUUUGGUGAGGAGACUGAAGAGGAAAAGAAGGCUGCUGAAGAACGUGCAGCUGCAGUGAAAGCAUCUGGGAAAAAGAAAGAAUCUGGGAAGUCUUCGGUGUUGUUGGAUGUGAAGCCUUGGGAUGAUGAAACUGACAUGCAAAAGCUUGAGGAAGCUGUUAGAAGUGUUCAAAUGGAGGGCUUGCUAUGGGGUGCAUCAAAGUUGGUGCCAGUUGGAUAUGGCUUACUGCAGAGCCAAUCAAUGAAUAUGUUCAGAGCUGUGAUAUUGUGGCCUUCAAUAAGAUCUAAUUUCUGCUUGAUUGGGACAGAAGAAAGACGCAGGAGGAUGGUUUUGUGGAGUUGUUAUUUAUGUUAGUUUGCAGUUGUGUUGAUCAUGAGGGAUCCCUGUUGUUAGUGGUUCUAUCAGUGUUGACCUUUUGCUAUAUAUAUGGUUAUGUUUGUGUUGAUCUUUAAUUGUCUCC